AUGGCCUCUCUGAGCGACAUGGAGACAAAACUUUUCGACUGGUAUCAGGCGCUGAGGCCUCUUCGCGUAGACCUGAUUGGCGAUUUUGCGGGCAAGGAGCUGUUUGCCAUCCACGGCGAAGCACUUUUGACGCACUGCAUCUCCGAGGCAAAACUCAAUUACCAAUAUGGCUUCCAAGUACUCCAUGCGAUCCAUGCAGUUGAAAGAUUCUUGAGCAAUCUCAAGCUGCGUGGGUGCCAAUUUCACGUUAUAUGGUUUCAAAACCAUGAACAACUUUGCAUGACCAAGCCCUCAUCUGCCGCCGCGUCUGGCUUUCAUCGUUUAACGCGGGCAAUCCUGAUCAAACACCUUCGGCAUGAUUCAAUUGGAAGCAGGAUUACCUUUGAGUUUCCAAGUGUGGAGAGUCCUGAAUUCCAGUUAUACACUGCCAAAAACUCCCUUCGCUUCUUCUUGUGCCUCGAUGGCUUUGUCUUUGACGAGAGAAAAUCGCCCUUUGCCAAAAGCCAUCUCGCUUUCAUCAAUCAACUCAGCUGCAGAGGUUACAGCGUCGCCCUCAUCAACAAUUUUGAGUUCAAGAGCUCAAAGGCGUUCACCUUGAUGCUCCCACCAUCACAACGCGCCGAAAAGGUCGAUAUUGCUGAACCUUUAUCUCUCGCCAAAUUAUCCAUAAUUCCCAUUGUGGAGCUGGAGGCUAAGGCAGGCAUUGUGGACGAUUGGUCUCCUUGGGGUGACUGCACGCCGCUAUCGGCAAGAGACAUGGUCUCGCUCACAGGCGUCUGCAAUGCGCUUCUGCGCAAUUCUGCCGAGUCCAUGAAGAGAUGUGUUGCGGCAUACAUAAUUCAUCUUUCGGAGCUCAAGCGCUGCAAUCUAUCAAACAGAGCAUGCGACGUGGCGGUGCUGGGCCACGGGGGGCAGGAGAGACUUGACGCGUUCUUCGCUUGCUUCACCGACAUCUGCGCCACUGUUAUCGAAUGUCUUCCAGCACAGGAAGACUGGAUGAUUGUUGACCUUUUGGACUCCCGAAUUAUCAGACAGGUUCUGAAGGACUUGUCCAUCUUGAAGCCGUCUGCAGUAGUUGUUGGCGAAGCAAAAAGAUUCGCGGAACGAAUUCAACUACUUACAGGAAUCAGCAUCUCCGAUUUUCUUCCUCAAGCAUCUAGUUACGAAUUGCCGCUGGCUGCAAAAGAUUCGGAGAGGUCAGAGAAAGCUAUAAGCUCCGUUAUGACUUUUCGACACCCGGCCUUGGACAAGUAUUUGGAGCCAAUUCGUGUUGUCGCAAAUGACACGGACGAGCCGGCAGGGACCUCCAAGGUGUUCCGCGAGCUUUCACACUGGCACAACGCCAAAAAAGCUGUCGAUCCAAAAGCUAUACCUCGUCCUGCAGGGUUUUUUCGUCGGCGGAGAAAUCAGGAGCUCAUGGCCGAUACAAUUAAAUACGCUGCGAGUCUUACUAACUCUGCAGGCAACAUGAUCAACCCUGAAACAAUCGUGACUAGCCUCAGUGUGGACAUCAAUCCGACCAAGCAGAAAGACAAGACCAAAUUCGCAGAGGGAUCGAAUUCAAAGGCACUUCGCCAUAGUUCUUUGCCCAAGAAUAAAAACAGCACACAGAAGGGCGGCCGGGAGAGCGCGCUCGAAGAGGCCCGGAGAAGUCAGAGACAGAAGCUCGACAGCAAAGCCCGAGAUGUGAUGGCCUUCUGGGAUGAGCGCUGCCGCGAGUUUCAAGCAGAGACAAAUACGAUGCGACGACUUGCCAAAAUCACCACUUUUCUUGAGGGUCUAUCUAAUGAUGCUCGGGAUCUGAUUGGGGCUGAGAUCAAUCUGUACCUCUGUCAUACCUUGAUCUCAAUGAUCCCCGUAGGUCGACAGAGAAGAGACCAAAAAUUCGAAGUGGUUUUGUUUGCCAGAGUGUGGUCAGCGAUGCUCGCAGCGGCAAAAUUGGCGCAGUCCAUCGAAAGUCUUGGUCAUCUUGCAAAGCUCUCUAGCAUGCUCAAAAUGCCAGUUGAGGCUGCUGUGGCCGACAACCACCUAUUAAAAGGCCGCCGGCUGCCCUUUCCCAACAGUCUCAACAGUGAGCUGAAACUGCCGAUUGGACCUCUUGAGUUUCAAUUGGGACACUGUGGUCCGUUUCUUGAGAGAAGCUUUGAUCCUGCGCCCGAUAUCCGCGUGCCGAAUUUUGUUCCCGAUGCAUGGCAACGUGAAGUGCUAGAUGUCAUCGAUGCCGAAAAGAGUCUCUUUGUCGUCGCGCCAACCUCUGCUGGAAAAACAUUCAUCUCAUUCUACGCAAUGAAACAAGUCCUGCAGUCGAGCGAUGACGGCGUUCUUGUCUAUGUAGCUCCCACCAAGGCGCUCGUCAACCAGAUCGCCGCCGAAGUCCAGGCUCGAUUCUCCAAAUUGUACAAACACGACGGACGUUCGGUAUGGGCUAUUCACACACGCGACCACAGAAUCAACAACCCGACGGGCUGCCAGAUUCUCGUCACCGUGCCGCAUAUUCUGCAAAUCAUGCUGCUUGCGCCGUCCAACGCCGAGAACGCCAAACCUUGGUCUGCGCGUGUGAAGAGAAUCAUCUUUGACGAAAUUCACUGCAUUGGUCAGGCUGACGACGGUGUCAUCUGGGAGCAACUCUUGCUGCUCGCGCCCUGCCCCAUUAUCGCUCUGUCCGCCACUGUCGGCAAUCCUCUCGAGUUCAUGCAGUGGCUGGAAGCAUCUGAAAAGGUAAAAGGGCGCGAAAUAGAGAUGAUUGUGCACACUUCGCGUUAUUCGGACCUGCGCAAGUUUCUGUAUCGUGCCCCCGAAAACGAAUUUGUGUUCAGAGGGCUACUAUCUGUUGAGAGUCUUGCUACACCAGGGCUUGAUGAGGGACAGACCGAAGAGCAGUCAUUCAGUUUCAUCCACCCUAUCCUUAGCCUCAGGAAUCGCAACCGAGGCACCAUCGAAGACGUCACACUCGAGCCAAGAGACUGCUUGUCCUUGUGGCGAUGCAUGUCGAGGCACCAGAACAAGGACUAUCCCAUCGAUGAUAAAUUGCGCCCGGAGAGAUCCUUGCCAACGAUUGUUAAGCGAUCCGAUGUACUGAAAUGGGGUGAGUCUGUGAAGAAGGUUCUGCAUGAAUGGAUUCAAGACGCCAAUUCGCCGUUCUCGACCGUCCAAAAUGAGUUAGAGUCGUGUCUUUCUAGCUCGGACGUCAGAGGUCCGUCUUCUUUGAGUGCAAGCGACCAAGGGGAUUUCAGAAUCAAAUUUUCGGUCAGCAACGAGAAACAUCGUCUUGUCACAAUGGCGCUUCCUCUGCUUACUGAUUUGCACACUCGUGGAGCCCUUCCGGGAAUCCUAUUCAGCUAUGAUCGGGACUUUUGUGAGGCGACGGCGAAAUUUUUGCUUGCCCAACUGGAGCGAGCCGAGACAGCCUGGAAGAAAUGUAGCCCAGAAUGGGCAAAGAAGGUUGCCGAUUAUAAGGCCUGGAAAAAGACGAAGUCUCGAAUCCAGGAAAACAAGACGGAGGGUAAGAAGCGGCCAGGAAAAUCCCGCGGACAAGACGACGAGGAAAUGUCAAAAAUUGACAUGAUGCGGGAGGCGAGUGUGGAAUCGAGCAAAUGGGAAAGUUUUGAUCCCGAGGCACCUCUUGACCGAUUUUCUUUUGCAGAGGGAAAGAAGAUUUCCAACUCGGAGCUAAAGCCUCUGAUUGAGCGUCUCAUCAAAGCCAAUAUUCAGCCCGAGCUCAUUGCGGCUCUUGGGCGAGGUAUUGCUGUGCACCAUGCGGGCAUGAAUCGGAACUAUCGACAAAUUGUUGAGAUGCUUUUCCGAAAGGGAUCUUUACGAGUUGUCAUCGCCACUGGAACUCUCGCCCUCGGUAUCAACAUGCCUUGCAAGACAGUCGUCUUCUUUGGCGACUCAGUCUUUCUUACGCCACUCAACUACCAUCAGGCAUCUGGACGCGCAGGUCGACGUGGCUUUGAUUUGCUGGGAAAUGUCGUCUUUGUUGGAAUGCCACUCGAACGAGCACUCGAGAUCAUGUCGUCCAAAUUGCCCGACCUCAGCGGCCACUUUCCCCUCUCCACAACUCUGGUCGUGCGAUUGUUGGGACUGUUGCACCACACAAAGAACUCUGAGUAUGCGACGAAAUCGAUCAAGUCGAUUUUAUCCCUGUCCCGUUUGUAUCUUGGUGGCCCUUCGGAUCAGAUGGCGAUCCAGCAUCAUCUCCGGUUUUCGAUUGAGUAUCUUCGAAGACAGCAACUCCUUUCCAGAGACGGCACCCCUCUCAACUUUGCAGGCUUGAUUGGACAUUUGUAUUUCACCGAGAAUGCCGUGUUUGCAUUCCACUCUCUGCUGAAGGAUGGGUAUUUCCAUCGGGUUUGCAAGGCCAUUGAUUGUAGCUCGGAGACUGUCCUGCUCGAGCUGGUGCUGGUGCUGUCACACUUGUUUUGCCGCCUUCCGCUUGGCGUCCACGCAAACCUUGUCAAAGACUUUCGAUCACCGUCAGUGAUCACACUCCCCGCUCUUCCAACUGAAGCCGAAACAAUUUUGAGGGGGCACAAUCAGGAGACAUUGGACAUUUUCCGCCUAUACGUCAGCACCUUCAUCGAGCAGCACCUGGAACAUACCCCAGACACGAAGCUUCCUUUUACAGGAAUAGAGGUCAAGGCACAACAGAAACUUGAACAAGAAUGGCAGCCCAUCGUGGCUCAUCUGCCGCCCACAAAGCUCCGUUCGCCUUUUGCGGCGCUCUCUGGCUUCACGGACAAGUUUGACACGAUCCACGAGCUAUGCGCUACGGUCCGUAGCGGCGUAUUCCUGGAAGAGUCCGCCGUGCCGUACAUUCGCAUCUACCCUGCCGACACGGACGGCAAGCCUUGGAACGCCUACAUCUACGACUUCUUCAAGCAUGGCGACCUGAAGGCGCUGGUGAGGGACAACCACAUCAAGCGCGGCGAUGUGUGGUUUCACCUCAAAGACUUUUCGCUCAUCCUUGCGACUAUUGUUACCAGCCUAGAGAACUUUGUUCGGCUUGAUAUCCAUACGGACGACGCCGCCAUGAUGGAUGUGCAAGAUGCGGGUGAUGUGAUGCUAGAGCGCUGCGACGAGAUGGUCGACGAAGACAAGGCUUUGCCCAAUGGGGCCGAGAAAGGAUCGUCAGCACGGGCGGCGGCAAGGCAAACGAGGACGUCCGCCGCGGCUAGCAAGAAGAAAAUCGAACUCGAUUCCUGGGAGGACGAUGUGAGCAACGAUGACAGUGCUUCUGAAAGCCCUACAGAGUUACCUCUGGACGGAGAUUCUUGGCAAGAUCAAGGUGAUGGUAAUUUGCUGCAGGUGCUCAAGGCUUUCCGAAUGCUGCAGGAAGAGUUUGAGACCAAGUUCCGCAAGGAAUGGGCUUAA